UUUCCUCAUCGACAAUGUCUUCACCACGCCCAAAAUCUCCUAGAACACCCGUUUUACCAAAAAAGGAAGACAAGGAAGAAUCUUUUUGGGAUAAAAUCGGUACUAUUGGCCGAAAGAAGCGCAUAAAGGAAGUACAAGAUGUUCAAGCUGAAGGAAAGUAUGCAAUUGAUUCACCAGGAAGCCCAACUGCACCAGAAAUUCCUCCCGAGGAGUACAGCCUUCUUGAUAAUGAAGAGAGAGCGAUCAUUGAACCUAGAUCAUUAGAAGAUCCUAGGGUGAAAGAGUUGAUACAAGUAUUAAUAGAUUGGAUCAACGAUGAGCUUGCUAUGCAAAGAAUUAUUGUCAAAGAUAUAAGUGAGGAUCUUUAUGACGGGCAAGUUUUACAAAAGCUACUUGAAAAGUUGACUGAAACAAAGUUGGAUGUGCCUGAGGUGACACAAUCGGAAGAGGGUCAACGUCAGAAGUUGGCUAUUGUAUUGAGAGCUGUGAAUAGGGUGCUUUUUGGAACAUCAAAACCUGCUCAGAAGUGGAGCGUUGACUCUGUUCACUCAAAAAAUGUGGUGUCAAUUUUACAUCUGUUAGUCGCUUUGGCACGUCAUUUCCGUGCGCCAGUACGUCUGCCAGAGAAUGUCAGCGUCAAUGUAGUGGUUGUGAAGAAAGAUGCUCCUAAUCAACUAUCGCACAGGACAUACAUAGAGGACAUAACUACAACUUAUGAUGAUUUGGGCAUGAAAUGUGAGAGAGAUGCUUUUGAUGCACUGUUUGAUCAUGCACCAGAUAAACUGCAAGUUGUUAAGAAGUCUUUGAUAACAUUUGUAAACAAACAUCUGAGCAAAGUUAACUUGGAGGUGAUCGACUUGGACACACAAUUCCAUGAUGGAGUAUUUCUGUGCCUGCUGAUGGGUUUACUUGAAGGUUUCUUUGUGCCAUUGUAUGAUUUCCACUUGACCCCGCAGGACUUUGAUCAGAAAGUUCACAAUGUUUCAUUUGCUUUCGAACUGAUGCAGGAUGUAGGUUUGGCAAAGCCGAAAGCCAGACCUGAAGAUAUCGUGAAUCUCGACCUCAAAUCAACUCUACGAGUUCUUUACAAUCUAUUCACUAAAUACAAAAACAUGGCGUAACCAUUAUCAGAAAACAUUUUAUAAUCAUAUUAUUUAACU